AUGUAUCCAUUUCUCCCACCCUUCCACUCCUCUUCCGCCGUUCCCUCCCCUCCUCCCCACAUCCUCCCCCACUCCCCAUCCCCACUCUCCCUCCCCCUUCCGCGCGCAGGCCGGGCAACAGUGCAGUACCCAGCGGGCCGGCUAGCGGUGGACGAGCUGGUGGUGCUGCUACAGCCGUCCUCGCCCGGCGACGCGCACCCCGACCAGCAGUCGCAGCAGCAGCAGCAUGCCCAGCAGCACCCCGGAGACGACUCCGCCGCCCGCUUCUCCCUCCAGUCCAUUUUCUCCGGCGGAAAACCCGUCCCCGCAGGGCUUCCGCCCCCCGCGGGAAGAAACGGCCCGUCAGAUCUAGAUGCGGAUUUGGACGAUGACGGGGGCGGGGGAGGGGGGGGCGGAGGGGGAGGCGGAGGCGGGAGCGGAGGGGGAGGCGGGCAGGGGCAGGGGGGAGCGGCGCUGCGGCAGCUGUGGACGUCGAAUUGGCUGGAGGAGAGCGGGGUGGUGGUGGCCGUGCCGUCGUGCUCUGACCGCAUGGCUGUUGCUUAUGGCUCCACUCUUGUGCUGCUCGAUGGACUCGUCGCGGCGGAUAUGGGGCCACUGCGAAGUCGAGCAGGGAAGGGCAGGGGGGACGGGGAGGGGCAGGAUGGGGGCAGGGAGGGGCAGGGGGGGACGGGGAAGGGCAGGGAGUGGCAGGGAGGGUUAGAAAAGAUCAGGGAAGAGCAGAGAAGGCAAUCGGACCCUGUGGUGAUCUCCCCCGCAUGUGACCGCAGCGAUCGCAUCACAGCCCUUGAAUGGCUCUUCUUCGCCCCGCCUCCCUCCGCCCACACUGGCGCACACACCCCUCCGCGCUCCCCUCCUGCUUCCGCCGCCACUCCCCCUAGCCCGCCCCACUUGUCCCGCUCCGAGCACCCAGACUCCUCUUCCCAGGCUGACUCUCAGCAGGGGGAACAUGAUUCUUACCACCAGAAUCAUGCCCACAGCCAACAGCCGCAGCAGGAGCAUCACCAAAACCACCACCAUCAUCAUCAUCAUCAGCAGCAGCAGUCGCUGCUGUGUGUGGCCGUCGGCACGGCUGCGGGGUUCCUCCUUAUUUAUGCUGACACGGGCGUGCUGCUGGCUCGACAGAUGGUGCACACGCAGGCGGUGCUGCGGCUGCGGGUGCGGGGCGUGGAUUCAGGCAUGCCUCUGCUGCACCGACGCCUGGAGGCCAUAGCAGCAGCGUCCGCCGUUGCCGCAGCCUCCGCUUCCCGCUUUGCAUCGGCCUUCAGCUUCAUGGGCGGGCCCAAGCGCAGCAGCCGGGAGGAGGAGGCAGGGCACGCCGUGCCCAUUCCGUUCCUCAAGUGGCGCACGGGGCUGGGCAGCACACGGUGGAGCGACGGCGCUGUUGUCGGCAUGUUCCCCUCGCCUCUCUUCAACCCCCAGGCGGCCCUUCAGUCCCUCUGUGUCGUGGCCGUUGGCCAAAACCCCUGCAUUGCUGCAUUCGCAGCAACGGAUGAGCCACAGUGGGAGCAGCUAGCAGCAUCCAUUCCCUCUUCCUCCACCCCCUUCCAACCACUGAAAACUCUCUCAAAAGCUCCCAUACCAUUCAGCUCCCUCGUCAACCUGUCCUCCUCUCCUCUACUCCCCUUCUCCCCCUCUUCCCUUCUCCCCCCCUCCCCUCUCCCCCUCCCUUUCCUCCCCGAUUCCCUCCUUCCGCCCUAUCCCCCCAACCCUUGCAGAGCGACCGAGGAGCCAGAGUGGGUGCAGCUAGCUGCGUCCAUAGUCUCGUCCUCCGCGCCCUCCAACCCCACGCUCCUGGCUCUCGGCAUCGUGCCCCGCAUGUCCGUUCAGCUGCAGCGCAAGCUCAGCGGUGUGCUGCUCAAUGAGAUGGCCGCUGGGGGGCCUGCAGGGGGAACAGCCGCAGGGGGGAAGGGGGACGCUGGUGGGGAAGGUGGAGGGGGAGGCGCGGGGAAAGGGGCGGGUGGAGGGGAGGCGGGAGGGGGAGAGGAGGGAGGGGGUGCGGCAGGAGGAGGAGCAGUGGCUGGAGGCGAGCAGGGGGCGGGAGGGAACAGGAUAGGCCGUAGCACCAGCAGUGGCAGCGGCAGCAGUGGCGGCAGUGGCAGCGGCGGUGGUGGUAGCAGCACUGGUUCUGCUAGUCACAGUGUGGCUCGUUCUGUUUCUGCUGGUCCCACUCAUACCAAGUCCAAGCUUCCUCCUUUCCCCCCAUCAGCAUCAGGACACCACCACUCCACACCUCCACUCCCCCCUCUCCACCCCUCUCUACCCUCUGAAGACUCCCGCUUAUUCGGAUUCAACCGGCUGUUCUCCCGACCGGCCCAAGACGAGCGAUCUGAGCCGUUGAUCCCGGCAGCAGCGACUGACGCAGGCCGUGCGACGGCGCUAGUGGCGGCGCUAAAAGACCCGCUUAGGAAAGCAACACACUUAGUGCUGUCACCCAGGGGGGCUUUAAUGGCAGUGGCGGAUGGGCUGGGGCGUGUUCUGCUCAUGGACUCUCAGAUCUUUGCCGUGCUGCGCAUGUGGAAGGGGUAUCGAGACGCACAAGUGGCCUUCUUUGAAGCACCUGUGGUGGACGUAGCAGGUGCUCACAGCACCAGCACCACCACCAACACUACCACCACCAGCACCUGCCGCAACGGUGGCGGCAGCGACAGUAGUGGCAGCAGCGGCAGCAAUAUGAACGCGCAACACACCCGUCCCUUCCGCCUGUGCCUUGCCAUCUUUGCUCCUAGGAGGGAGACCAUCGAGGUAUGGCAGCUGAUAACAGGCCCUCGCAUCGCAGCCCUGCGCUGCAGCACCAACACGCGCCUCAUGCAGCCCUCCCUGGGCUUCGUAGUGCCCGCGCACGCACCCACCCACUCCCAGCUGCAGCUGCCGAACAGCAACUUGGAUUCCAGUCCCAGCCUUGGGUCUACCUCUAGCAUGAGUGCCAGUGCAAGUGCAAGCCCAAGCGGCAGGGUGGAUGGGGUAGGGGUGGUGGUGGUGGAGCAGCGGCACAGGGCGUUUGUGCUGCAUGGGUCUUCCGGGCUGCUCAUGGAGCUCAUGCCCACCAUCUCCCUCGCUGGCGAGCUGGUGGGUGCAGGUAAACCCUCAGCGCAAGCAGCGCUGCUAUCCCAGGCGGACAUAUUCCAGCGGCUGUGCGACCUGCUCAAGCUCAAGCACCGCUCCAAGGACGCUGCCCUCGCCGCUGCUAGGGAGCUGCUCCGGCGGGCCAGGAGGGCGCGUGUGGGAGCGCGGGUGAAAGGAAGGCCUGGAGCAACGAGUGAAGGCCAGAAGGACACGGAUGGUGAUGCAACGCAGAAGGGUAGUGGUGACAGCAACGGGGAGAAAGAGGAGGAGAAGGAGGAGGAGAAGGAGGAGGAGAAGGAGGAGGAGAAGGAGGAGGAGAAGGAGGAGGAGAAGGAGGAGGAGAAGGAGGAGAAGGAGGAGGAGAAGGAGGAGGAGGCGCAGGGGAGGGGGCCAGAGUUGGAGGAGGAAGAGGAACAGGAGGAGGUGGAGGAGGAGGUGGAGAGGUGGGGGGAGGUGGGAAGCCAGCAGUGGGAGGAGAAGGUGGUGGGAGUGCUGCUGGCUGGCCUCACUUCUCCCUUUCGCAAGCUGCAGGUCCUUGACUUGCUAAUUGCGAGCCGGCCGUCCCUCUCAGCUAAGUGUCACUUAGCCAUACUGGAAGAUGUUCUAUGCACGUUAGAGGUCUCCCUAGCUGUCGCUCAUCUGCCUCCCCCCGAACUUCCCCGCCUUGCGGACAUAAGCGAGGGUGGGGGAGAAGGGGGCGGGUCUGAGGGCGUGGAGGGGGGUGGCGGAGUGAGGAAGGAAGAGGAGGGGGGGAAGGUUGGAGGGAGCAAUGGGGGAGCGGCGAGUGAGAAUGAUUCAGGUGUGGCGACGGGUGGCAGUGGUGCGGGCAUAGUGGAGCAACCGCAGCAACAGCAAGCGACAGCUGGCAAAGACGGGUAUGAGCUGCUGCCUCUGGUGACAGAAGGUGGAGAGAAAGAGGAUUCAGAGAAACCGGCGGGAGAGAAUGGAGUGGAUGAGAGAGUGGGUGAUGGGGCAGGGGAGAACAGGUCUGGGGUGACGGAGAAACGGGGAGAGGGAGAAGCGGAGGGGGGUGAAGUGACGAGUAAGGUGGCCGGAGGGGAAGGUGAGAAGCGCGGUGAGGAGGCACGUGGGGUGGUAGGAGGCAGGGCGGCAGCGGCGGCGGCGGUUCAGAGUGAGUGGUUGAGAGGGGUGGAUGUGAGCAGGGUGAAGCGAGUGGAUGACAAGUUUGUUCCGUUUCUGGAGCAGCGUGCGCGUGCCCUGCGGUUCCAGCACCUUCUCGUGGAGGACAGAGAGGAGGAGGAGGAAGAGGAAGAAGAGGAGGAGGAGGAGGACGAGGAGGAGGAGGAGGAGGAAGAGGAGGGCCAGGAGGGGAACACAGACAGCUGGAGCGUGCAGGCGAGGGGGGCGACAGGGGCGCUGACCGAUGCAAUCGAUGCCAGAGCAGGCAGCAGCAGCAGCAGCACGGGCAGAGCGUCAAAGGGCAAGAGGAUCCGUAGGAGGUCGAUGAGCGAUAUGGAGGCGGCACUCACGGUGUUUCGCGCCCGGUACGAGGCCCUGGUGGCUGAUGUGGGCGCGUGGAUUGCUGGCUGUGCCGUGGAGUCCCAGCUGAACAAGCUCUGGAUGGAAGGAGAGGAUGAGCAGACCAAGGCUCUGGGAGAAGAGGCUUCUGGUGGCAAGGGCACGGGGUUUAGUGGUGACGGUAGCAGUGGUGGUGGUAGUAUUGUGGGGAUGAGCGGGAUCAGUGGAAUUGGGGGGAUAAGCGGGAUUGGGGGGUUGGGGGAGGCGAUUAGUCGGAGUGACAGCGGCGGCGGUGGCGGUCCGGGGGGCCGGUUUGCAUCUAUGUCUGCUCGGUCGCUCGCUGCUGCUGCAGCGGCGGCUGCUGCGGCGGCUAUGCUGGGGACGUCUGCGGAGCAUGUGCCGUGUGUCAUGUUUGUGCGGUCCUUUGCCUUUGACCUCACGCGCAGCCCCUACUGCCACCCUGCUGCUCUAACAGCGCCCGUAACUGCUGCUGCUGCUGCUGCUGCUGCUACAGCUGCUGCUACAACAGCUGCUGCCGGUGCUGCUGCUGCUGCUGCCACUGCCGGCGCCGGUGUGUCUCACGGGGCUGACAGGGCGCUGAGCAUUCAGAAGAGGGUGAGGGUGCGGUGGGGAGCAGGCACAGACCACUCCAACCUCCCCUCUGGAGCCUCCUCCCCUGCGUGCACCCCCUCCACCACUCCCUCACCUGCCGCCUCUUCUCCGUCCUCCGCCUCUGCCCUUUCCUUUGUGCCCUCCGCGUGUGCCCCUGCUCCUCUCCCCACCGCAACAGCAGCAUCACCAGCGCCGUCCCAGCCAGAUCCCCGGCGUGGCUCGGGUGUUAUCUGGCUCUGCCGAGCGGCAGAUGUGGACGAGUUAGCCGCCCUGGCAAGAUUCUUUCUGGGGAGAAUCUCCCAUGGGACGGCAGGGCUAAGAACUUUGCUCUCAGCCAUGCACAGGCUAAGGCUUCCGAGGGAGGAUUGGCAGUGUCUGUUUCUGGUCUGGCUCCGCUCGGUUCCUGUUCAAGACAUCCUGACCGUCGAUCUCCCGGUGCUGGUCGAGGUGGUCCGUCGGAUCGGAUGCCGGCGGGAGGAGGUGGAAGGAAGGAAGACGGCGAGAGUGGUGUUUUCGCGGGGGAGGAUGGGAGGGAGGAAUAGAGGAGGGGAGAGUGGGAAGCGAGGGGAGGGAGGCCUGGAGGGGGGUCUCUCUAACAGUGUGCCCCCGGGGGGAAGGUACCCGUUGCUGUUUAGCUGGUGCCAGGUAACCGGGGCUGCUGCCAAGGCUCUGUUUCUGGCUCGGAUCUGCACUCAGGUGAUAAAGGAGGAGCUGCUGGAUACCAUACCUGGACGAGAGCCUCGGAAGGGGACAGGCACGGCACGGCAGCAGCAGCAGCAGCAGCAGCAGGCAUCAGGGGGGGUGCGGGAGGAGGAGGAUGCGCAUGGAGGAGUGGCUGGUGGUGCCCGGAGUGGGUCUGGCAGGCUGAUUGUGGCUCCUCCAAAACCUAAAGAUAAUGAUCUGUGGAUUGAGCACGGGCUGGAGCAAUGGCUGCACCUAUCAAGCCACGUGGAGGACGCAUGGCUGCUCGGCCGAGCCAUCAUCCACGUCUGCAAGCUCUCUUCUGCCCGAGGCUAUCCGGUUCGGCAGGGCCGCCUGCCGUCCGCAGCCGAGGUCCCCACCUUCCCCGUGCCUCUCUGGGUGGCUCGGUUGCAGCUGCUGCUGUCCCCGUCGGCUCUGUUCACGUCUCAGUUGCACCGGGCCCUGCUGAAAGUGGAAAGACCCGAGCUGGUGAGGGAGAUGGCGAAUGAGAUGGUUGCACAAGUGAGGGUGGUGGAAAGGGGGAGAGGGGAGGAGCUGUUGGAGAGAGGGAGUGGGAGAAGCAGUGCUGGUGGUGAUGAGGAGGGGAAACUGGGUGGUGGGGAAGGUGGUGGGAAGGGAAAGAAGGAUAGGAGGAAGGUCAAGGGCAGGACAGCAGGAGGGGACGGGCCUAAGGGCGUGCAUGGGGAAGAAGGGGCACUGAAGGGAACUUUGGUUUCGGAUGGGGAAGUGGAAAAGGUGGAUGGUGAGAAGGUUGAAGGGCGGGAAGCUGAAGAGGCAGCAGAGAAAGAGGAGAAAGCGGGAGAGGAGGAGAACGACGAGGAGGAGGACGAGGAGGAGGAUGAUGUUGAUGAGGAGGAUGAGGCAGCAGCAGAGGCAGAGGAGGAGCGGCAGAGGGAGGACGAGAGGGAGUCGGUGCAGCUGCUGCGCGAGAUGCUGGACCGGUUUCCCGAGAGCUGCCAUGCAGACAUCUUGGCGUCGCACAGGGCCAUGGAGCUGUGUCGCCAGUGGUCCACUGCUUUCUUCCAGAGCGUCAAAGCUGCACAUGUGCCUCCGAAACCGCCUGCAUGCGCACCUGCUGCCUCUGCUGCUGCUGCUGUUGGUGUUGGUGGUGCUGGUACGGUUGCAGGAUCAGCCAGUGCGGCGGUUGAUGGAGAGGCUCCAGAGCGCCUGUCUACAGACGCAGCAGCAGCAGCAGCAGCAGCAGCAGCAGAAGCUGGUUCUGCUGCUGCUGGAGAGGGCGCGGGUAGCGGCAAAGCAGAGAGCAACAAGGAGAAGGAGAAUUGCGGUGGUGCGAAGCAGAAGAAGCAGGAAGGCACGGAAGCCACGACCGGACCGGGCUUGUCUAUGUCGUUAGGAGGCUACGAUGCAGAGCCCAGCGACCUGCUCUUCUUCUCCCACGAGCACGUCUCUCCGUUGCCCACUGUUGCACUCAAGGGCGGCAUGGUCUGCUCCAUGUGGCAGUCCCUCAUUGGCCAGCGCGCAGCCUCAGCAGUGGCCCUGGUGCAGAGGCUCGGGAGGUGCCCGACUGAUGCGGAGUGCGAGCAGUCACUGGCUGGUGCUGCUGCUGCUGCUGCUGCUGCUGCUGCUGCUGCUGCUGCUGCUGCUGCUGCUGCUGCUGCUGCUGCUGCUGCUGCUGCUGCUGCUGCUGCUGCUGCUGCUGCUGCUGCUGCUGCUGCUGCUGCUGCUGGUGUUGGUGCAUGUGGUUCCAGCAACUCCCAAGAGAGCGAUUCAGGCGACGUUGCAAUCGACCCAGCACACGUGGCGUGGCUGCUGAGAAUCCGCCCCUCUGCUACCACCGCCAGCCCUGACAGCUUCAGCAGCAGCUACAGCUACAGUGGUGGUGCUUUCAGGCCCAGGUCCCGUUCCUCUCUUAGCAGCAGCAGCAGUGAAAGAAGCAGCAGCAUGGCUUCUGGGCAGCUAGGCCGGUCUCAGGUGGAGCUAGUAUCAUACCUGGAGCGCAUCGGUGUGCUGCGCAGGGGGGGGCAGUCCCGGGCGGCUCAGGUGAUGCGUCAGGUGGACCGCGGUCUGUUUGUUCCACCUGGCCCGUGGGUGCACGCGUAUCAGGACUCGCCCCAGACCAUAGGCUUCAACGCCACCAUCUCUGCCCCGCACAUGCACGCCCAGUGCCUCGAGCUCCUGGAAAACCACCUGCAGGUGAAAUAUUUGCUUGUCUUCAGGCAUGGAGCACGUUCAGGUGUGGAGCACGUUCAGGUGAGGAGCACGCUCAGGUGUGGAGCACGUUCAGCGACAGUUGGCACACCUGUCACCUGUCCCUUCACCUCUUUCUCGUCUCUCGCAUCUCCCCACCUGCCUCCUUACUCCUCUCCCACCACUCCCUCCAUCCCCUCAGUGUGUGGUUGUUUCCUCUCUGUUGCUGCUCACCCCACCCCACUCCUGCCUCACCAGCCGGGAAUGCGAGCUCUGGACGUGGGGUCGGGAACGGGCUAUCUCACAGCGUGCUUUGGCCUGCUACUGGCACCCACGGGGAAGGCCGUGGGGGUGGAGCAUAUACCAGAGCUGGUGGAGCGGUCGAAGCGGGACGUGGCGAGGAGCGCAGCGGGGCAUCUGCUGGAGAGCGGGGUGAUAGCGCUGCACACGGAGGAUGGCAGGCAGGGGUGGCUGCAUGACAGCCCAUAUGAUGCCAUUCACGUGGGAGCGGCAGCGCCACAGAUCCCACUGGCCUUGAAGCAGCAGCUGAAGGAGGGAGGGCGGAUGGUUAUACCCGUGGGCACGUGGUCACAGGAUCUGCUCGUGGUGGAUAAGCUGCCAGGUGGCCGCUUCAAAGAGAGCCACGUGGCAUCUGUGCGCUACGUGCCACUCACCAGCAAGGACGAGCAGCUGGAGGGGUACUGA